AUGGACGACACCGCAGACGAUUGCGGCGACAGCAGCUUGGAGGCAAAAGCAGGUCCGGAUGGGGAGCCGGGAGGUCCCCAAGGGGAGCCGGCGGGGAUGUCUGCUCCUCCCAGGACGGAGGAAUGCCGAAUCUGCUACGGCCCUUUCGACGUGGAGUGCCGCCCGCCCCGACAGCUCGAGUGCCUCCACACUUUCUGCCUGGAUUGCCUGAGCCAGGUACACCAAGCCGAGCGCUGCAGGCGCGGCCUCCGCCACAGUAAUCCCGGCGCGGCCACCAUCACUUGCCCGCUCUGCAGGCACCGGACAGCCCUGCCAGACGGCCGCGUGUCCAACCUGCCCGUCGACCGCGCACUGGCCGCCACAACCUGCCCGCUGCCUCCAAAGCCCUUGCAGCCUGUUCGGCCUUCGCAAGCGGCGGUCCAGCCUGCCCAGCAGCGCCCCCUGCCGGACCAGGGCGGCGGCAGGAGCAGCAGCGACCGGACGGCGCCCCAGCCGCUUCCUUCUUCAGUUCCCGACGGAGAAGCGGAGCCGGGCUCGGGAUGCCACACUUGCCACGGUCGCCCCCAGCGGCUCGUGGAGAAAAUUCCUUGGGUGUGGGUCGCCUUCUGCCUCCUCUUCGGGGCGUUCUUCUCCAUAGCGUUCAUUAGCGCUCUGCUGUGGAACUGGAGCCCGUGGGUCCUAUUCCUGGGGGCCUCCCUCUGCUGCAUCUUGCCCUGUUGCCUCAUCCUCUGCUACACAGAGAUUAGGAGAUACCAGAGGGAAUCCCCUCCUUGCCCACCCUGCCUGGUCCUUCCCUUUUAG